CCCAAAUGGGAGGAUAUGGGUGGUAUGGAGAAGGCAGAGUUAUGAAAUAAGGGUGCUAGAAUUGACAGAUCAGACUGUGCAUUGUUAUGGAGUGAACAGGAGUAUGGGCAUAAUGACUCUAACAACAGGAAAGAGAUGUGGGCAUCCAUUAAGAGAUACUCCAUAACUGUAAGAGGAGCCUGGUGUGUAUGGGAGAUUUUAAUGCUGUGUUACAUAUGAAAGACAGAAUUGGGGGCUGUAGAGUAACCCAAGAGGAGACAAAAGAAUUUGAAGAAUGUCUUAGGGAUUGUGGAUUAGAGGAGGUUCCCUGCGCUAGAGCUUACUACACAUGGUCUAAUAAUAAGCAAGGCCAAGGAAAUAGAAUUUACUCUAAAUUAGACAGAGUACUCAGCAAUGUUGAAUGGGUCGCAAAACAUGGUGCCAAAACAAUCAUUCUGGAGGAAGGGAUCUCAGACCACUGCCCCAUGAUUGUUCCUAAUAGCCAAAGUCAGAAUACGAAGAAGGAAUUCAAAUACUGUGAUAUGUGGAGACUAGACCCUAAUUUCCAGUCAAUAAUUCAGGAGGGUUGGUCUAAACAAGUAGAGGGCAGACCAAUGUUCCAGCUACAGCAGAAACUUAAAACACUAAAAGCACCCCUGAGAAAGUUAAAUAGAGAUAAGUUCUACCAGAUAUACAAGCAAGUGGAAGUAAUCAGGGUGGAACUUGAAGAAACUCAAAAGCAUCUAAAAGAAAAUCAAGAGGAUAGUGGUUUGCUAUACCAAGAGAAACAUCUCACUAAGGAUUAUCUCCUGAAACUAAGUAGCAAGCCUUAUGAGAAAACAGCAAUCUAAGAUGGAGUGGAUUGCAGAGGCUGACCAAGGAUAAAAAAUGUUUCAGGCUUGGAUUAAAAAGAGGCAGAUACAGAACAAAAUUAUAUCCAUGAGGGAUAAUGAAAAUAACCUGGUGAAUGACUCAGUCGGGGUGGAGAGGGUGAUCAUUGAUUACUACCAAAACUUAUUGGGCUCAACCACAUAUACAAAGAACAUACAAGGUGAAAUAAUACAUAGAGGGAAGGUCC